CGGUUAAAAAUAGUGACGAAUAAGUUCAUAAAAAAAUCAAGCGCAACGAGAAAUGCGGAAGUAAUUUAUACAGAGAAAGACGAUCCCACGUUUUGUAUGCUAUGCAAAUGGUGUGGGAAUUUCAUGUCGUGAGGAGUAAUUAAACAGUAGAUCUGGAUGCCAAACAGAGAGAUGUCACUGCCCAUCAAUAUUUUUCUGCAAGUUCUAAUUGCUACAACUGCAGUAAGGUCUGGGAAAGGUUACUGUCCACCACAAAAGCAGUCAGAAUCAGAUGAACCCAAAUUCACAAAAAAGCCUGGUAGUGUAGAUUAUGUGCGAUAUGGACAUGGAAUCGCAGUUCCCUGCUGUGCAGAAGGCUACACCAAUAUCAGCUGGUAUAAACUACAGAAUGGAAUAUGGAAGAGUUUUCCACCAUUGGGGCCAACUGGAGAUUACAAUAUACCUAAAUUGGAGGAGCGUAGACAGGUCUUGAGAUUCUUUGACGCAAAGUUCACUGACGGUGGUAGCUAUCGAUGCAAUGUCACUGGAAAAUCAGAAUUUAUACAACAUACAACUGAAGUCAGUGUUAUAGCAUGUGAUCAACUCGCCAGAGGUCCUAUACUAACACGACCAUAUCCACAAAACCAGACCAUAUACCAGUAUGGUGGAAACAUCACACUUCACUGCUCAGGUUACUUUGGUUGUGCUGAUCCAGGAGAUGUUAGACUAGCAUUGUGGGAAGUUGAAGGAACAACAGAUUUAAAUAUUACAGAUACCAGUCCAAGAUAUUCUGAGGAAAUUGUAACAAACCCAGAUGGGACCAUGAAGCAGGCAACAUUGACAAUAACAUCUGUGCAGGAAGAAGAUACUAAAAGGACAUUCUUAUGUGUAUUAGCAACACCACAGGAGAAGGAGGGACAGACCAGAAUGAAAGUCAGAAUUUUUAAAAAGGACAAGCCAAAGAUGCCAUGGUUAAAAGUGGGUUUGAUAAUAGGAGGUUGUGUACUGGGUGUAGUUAUUGUCAUCAGUCUAGUACUCUGUAUACGUUGCCUGUAUGGACCUCAGAUCAGGCUUUACUGUAGCAGCAGAAUACCAAGAUUGGGUCCUAAAAUUAUUAACAAUGAGGAAUAUAACUACAACUUGUUCAUAUAUCAUGCCGAUGAUGAUGAAGUGAAAGCACAGAAUAUCAAAACAUACUUGAUGGACAAAAACUACAAAGUCUGUAUUUAUGCUGACUUACAGGGAAAUGAGAAUAUUUUACACGAAGUUUUCAGUAAGACUGCUGAGUGUGCUUUGAUUUUGUUCCUAUAUUCUGAUGCCUUGAGAAAAGACGAUCUUGCAAAUUUCUUCCUUGAUUCCUUGAUUACUGCAAGGAAAGGAAAAGAUAUAUUAUUUCUUGAAGUAGCAAACUAUAAUCCAAAAGAAAUCAUGGAGUGGACUCGAGAUGCUAAAGAUCAACAUGAGUUACAGGAAAGAAAUUUAGUUCAAAGAGAAUUAGGAAAUGGAAGAAAUAUUGAAGAAAAUGAAAAUGAAGAAUCUGUUGAUGAUAAUGAUGGGGUUGAUGAAGUGGUAAAUGAAGAUCACAACAAUAAAGCAGUUACUGAAAAGAAAGUAGCAAUAGGUGAUGAUUUGAAAUUUUGGAAAGUUUUGCCAAGGAUUAAAGUGCCAGCUGAUGAUAAAAAUAAUAGAAAGAUGGAAAAUUUCUGGUGCUCACUUCAGAACAAAAUUCCAAAAUUUGUGGAACAAAAGCAGCAGGCUGAGGAAAUUAAACGUAAUAAACAUAGGAAUUCAUCAAGUAGUAGACCUCUGUUAGAAAGUACCCGAGAAAGUGAAACACCACGUAGUCCAGUUGGUGAUACGGGAGAGCUCAGUCCUAACACAGAUAAUGUUUUCAGAUUUGAAGAAUCUAAUGAGGUGGAACAUAAUUUGCCACGUGGAAAACAGGGAAAUGGGAUUCAGACUUUAGUCAGUUCUGAUCAUAAUGCAGAAAAUGCCCAUACGAUGGUGCCUCCAGCAAAUAGACAGACUAUACAAAAUGAAAAUGGCAUUGUUAGAGGUGAAAAUGGAAGAGAAAGAGAAAAUGAUUUUGUUUAUGUGGCAGAUGUACAUCAUAAAGAAAGCAGUGAUUUUCCCAGGCAGGUGGGUAAUGUAGUCAAUCCUGAUGAUAAUCAACAGAACUUUCAGAGCAAUAGAAGGGAAUUAGGUGAUGAAGAAGUUCCUGAAGAAGAAACUGAAAUAAAAUCCAAGGAAGACAUAUUUACAAUGUCGGGUGAGGAACCUAAAAUAGGAUCAUUUGAUAGUGAAUCUGGCUACACUGGAGAAAAUCGCUCUGGUAGAGGUACAACUUACCCGUCCUCUGAAAGUGGAGAAAGUUCCUAUCAUGGGGUGCUUUCAAGUCAAUCUUCAGGUUUUAGUGAAGGGUCAGUUUCUCCACCAAAUUGUGUAGAAAAUGCUUAUGUUAGAGGACAAACAAAUGGAAAGCUACAUGCCACAUACAUUCCUACUAAUAAACAAAACAGUCAUUUAGAUAGAGAAAAUACCAAGUUAAUGGCAGCAAAUGGGACUGAAAGUCAAAAUGUAGUUGUAAAAGCACAAAGUAACCGGAAUACAUCAUGUGGCUCACCAGAAAGUGGAUAUAAUACAAGUCCUUCUGAAAGGACUUUAAGCAAUGGAGAAUUGCUGCCACGAAUAAAAGAGGCAAUUGAACGAGGAGCUGAUUUUGCUGCAGAAGGAAUAUAACAGGACAGAAAACUUGACAUGUAUAUAAUACAUAAAUACUUAAAUUUAUACUACUCAAAAGUUAAUUAUGAAGUAAAACUCCUAUACCUGAAAUAUGCAAGAAGGUGAGCAAACUAUUUUCAGUUAUCUAGGGCUUCCAGCUAUCCAAACAGAGAAACUUUCAGGAAAAUGUCCACAAACCACAUGAACUGCUUGAUUCAAACAAGCAAUUAUUUUAAAUUUAAAUUUUACACUUGUGAAGUUGUGCACUGGGAUUUUGUUCUGGAUUUCUGUCAGGCAGACCAGUUAUGGCCAUUGAUUGUCAAAGAUAUGCAUAAAGGGCAUACAAGUUUGUGUUGCAUGUAUCUCAAAAAGUAAUGUACUAAGAGUCAUAAAACAUCAGAGGAAUGUUAUAAAGCACCUGGUAUUCUGUUUUGGAUUUCACUCAACCAGACCAGAGUUGUGGUCUUUGACUAAGUGAAAAAUACACAAUCCAGCAUGUAAAUUUAUGCUUCAGAGUUUUUUUUAUUAUUAUUUCACUUUACAAGAGCAGAUUUGUGGUCCUUGACUAAGUCAAAAAAAUAGAAGUUUAUGUCCCAUGAAUCUGAUAAUGUACUGGAUCUAGAGUCAGAAAACAUUAGAGGACUGUUACAUUACAUGUGCCCCUGGUGUUCUGUUUGGGAUUUCACUCAGGCCAUAGUAAGUGCUUAAAAGUUUGUGCUGCAUAACCUUAAAAACUGUUUCACCUAGAGUCAUGAAACCAUGUACAGUGACAGAAAUUGGGGGCACCUGUGUGCUGUGGAGACAACAUAUAGGUUUUCACUCAGUUAGGCCUUAUUAAUGUUCUUUCACUUAGUAAAAAGGGCUUAAAAGUUUGUGCUGCAUAAUCUUAAAAACUGUUUCACCUAGCGUAAUGAAACUAUGUACAGUGACAGAAAUGGGGGCACCUGUGUGUUAUGGAGACACCUCUAGGUUGUGCUAUUUUUAGAGUGUCACACACAGCAUGUUGCCUAUAUGCCAUUUAAAUUAUUUUUACCUGCACAGGUAAAGUAUUUUUAUUCAGGCCAAUGCAUGUCACAGUGAUUUGUAAUAAUAAGGAAUUAUUUUACUAUUUUUAGCUCACCUGAGCAAUGCUCAUGGUGAGCUAUUGUGAUCACGCUGUGUCCGUCGUGCGUCCGUCCGUCCGUCAUCAACAAUUUGGUUUAAAAGACAUCUCCUCCAUAACCACAGAAUGGAUUUUGAUGAAACUUGGUGUGGAUGUUCCUUGGAUGGUCCUCUACCAAAGUUGUUCAGAUGGUUCCGCUUGGUUACACAUAGCUAAAAGCCAGAGCUAAAAAUAGAAAAAUCUUCAAAUGACACCUCCUCCUAAACCGAUGGUCCGAUUUUGAAAUAAUUUUACACAAAUGGUCCUUAUGUCACCCUCUACCAAGAUUGUUCAAAUUAUGUUGAUUCAUUAAAAAGCAUGGCCACCAGAGGGCGUGGUCACUUUUCCCUAUGUAUGUAUAUAGUGGAAACUUUAAAAAUCUUCUUGUGUGAAACUACUGGCCCGAUUUUAGAAUAAUUUUACACAAAUAGUCCUUGUGUGACCCUCUACCAAGAUUAUUCAAAUUAUUUUGAUUCGUCAAAAAACAUGGCUGCCAGAUGGUGUGGUCACUUUUCCUCAUAUGUUUGAUAGUGGAAACUUUAAAAAUCUCCUUGUGUGAAACUUCUGGCGCGAUUUAAAAAUAAUUUUACAGAAAUGGUUCUUGUGUGACCCUCUACCAAGAUUGUUCAAAUUAUUCCGAUUCGUAAAAAAUGGCCGCCAGGGGGCGUGGUCACUUUUCCCUUUAUGUAUACCAUACUUGAUGUAUACCAUACUUGUCCAAUUUAUUUCUCUAAGGUAAAUUUUCCAGCUUAUUGCUGAUAAUUAACAGUUUGAUAACAAAAGACAGUCACACCUCCUGCUAUCAGUUUGAAUUGAGAUGCUUAUGUCAAAAGUUUGGAUAUCUAUUUUCAUCAAAAACCGUCUCGGAAGCCUAGUGGUAGAGCGCUAACUUCGAGUGCGGGAGGUCAUGGGUCCGAUCCCUGGCCACGUCAUACCAAAGACGUAAAAAAUGGUACUAGUAGCUUCCUCGCUUGGCGCUCAGCAUUAAGAGGAUAGUACUAGGACUGGUCAGCCUGGUGUCAGUAUAAUGUGACUGGGUGGGGUAUUCCAGUGAAGCAGCAUUAUAAAGUUGGGCAUUGUGCUCACUGUUACAAAUAUACACCGUCGUUUAUUUGACUGAAAUACUGUUGAAAAAGACGUUAAACUCUAAUGAACACACACUAUUUUCGUCAAAAUACAAACAAAAUUUGAUGGAAAUUCUUUUGAGAUCUGUGAAAGGUAGUGUACCUUGUUGAUUGAUAGUGGCACAGAAUGUGAUGCAAACUCCAACGGUUAAUUAUUCUGUUUAAAACUCUCACUUGUGGAGAUAAAUUAGAUCAUCAGACUCGCAAACAUAAAUUUGAUCAGAAUAAUUGUUUACAUUUC